CCAACUAUACGUUGAGCAGCUGCUGAUGUUGAACAAUUAAUUUAAUACCAAUGGUCACAUAACUGUUAAACAAAUAAGUGCAGACAUUUCAUGACAGUACCAAACCGAACCACUGACUAUAUUGAGUAUCAAAAGUGUAUUUCUCCCUGAACCUGUUACGUGACAACAUUGCGAGUAAUCUUUCCGUGACAGGUAAUAGAAGUGACAGGUGACCAGGAGGGGGACGGCAGCUUCGUCACGCUGUCCGAGGUCUGGUCGCCAGGGAGCGACCUGCCCCUCAAAAGCGAGUUUGUGGGCAUCUGGACAGGAGACUCGAAGUUCCGCGGAAAGGAUACAAAUGAUCCUUGGGCGAUAGCCACGGACAGGUUGAGGCUGUACCCGAAGACCAAAUAUGAACGUCGCAAGGACCUGAGCGGCGUCCACUUCAUCAUCACCUCCAUAAACGACACGAGGGCCCACAAGUCGUACUUCGAUAAGGAGCUGGGACGUGAAGUGAUGACAGGCUACGUCGGAGACGUGUGGGAGUUGCUCAAGGGAGAUAUGAACUUCACGUACUCGGUGGUCACCCCGGCGGAUGGCCUGUUCGGGGCCCUGGAGGACGGGGAGUGGACGGGCCUGGUGGGAGACUUGAUGGCUGGGAGGGCGCACGUGGUGGUGGCCCACCUCUCGCUGACCUACGACAGGGCACAGGUCGUGGAUUACUCGUCGGUGCUCAUCAAGUUCAGCUACCGGAUCUUCGCCCGUCCACCAGCAAAGUCCGGUUAUUCCUGGUCCUCCUACACUCGACCUUUCUCUAUGGGUGUGUGGCUCGGUGUGGCCCUCACCAUAGUUUUACUGGCCACCAUCUUCUUUUCGAUUUCGCAAUGGCAUCUACGUCAAGAGGUGCUGAAAACAACGGCGGGAGAGGAGAAAAAGGUCAUUAGUCUGGCCGAUCCCCGGAAGGUAUCAAGGUACCGGCUGUGGAAGAAGGACGCCCUGAUGCUCGUGUGGGCCGCCCUCACCCAGCAAGGGUGGCCAGAUUCUCCAGAGGCAAACAGCUUGCGUAUCCUCUUUUGGACUAUAUACAUGGUGGGCCUGGUGGUAGUGGCUGCCUAUUCUGCCACACUGGUGUCUUUUCUUGCUGUGGCAGACAAUGGGCUUCCUUUUGAGUCUUUGGCAGACCUUAAAAAACUUGGAGGAUACCGUCUAGGCAUCCUCAAGGGCUCAGUACUUGAGGAAUAUUUCAAGAGUCAGAGCUUCAGAGAAUACUGGAAUGCACUUAUUGAACCCUACCCUGACACCAGAUCUACAAAUUAUAAAGACUUGCGGUCAUUGGCUAUGUGGGACUCAGACUUUGCCUACGUGGGGUCUUAUGAGGUACAAAGACUGGAUCCUGUCGGAGCCUGCACCUUUCAAUCUGCCCGUCAGCACCUUCUCUUCAAUCCUGGGGCUCUUGGCUGGCCCAGGGGAUCAUCCUACGUAGAGAUUUUUGAUUACUACAUCAUCAGACUGAGGGAAUCAGGACUGCUGCAAAAACUGGCAAGAAAGUGGUACCCACAGCCAUACGACUGUAAUGAUGAACCUGUAAUUCCCCUCGGGUUUCAGCAGGUUGUAACAGCAUUUGUGGCACUGGGUGUAGGGGCCACUCUGAGUAUGCUGUUUCUAAGUGGAGAAAAAUUCCUCUUCCAUCGUAGCAUAGACAACAACAAAAGUCAAGUGUGCAUACAACAGCAUGUUCAUGAAAAUUAAUACAAAGCACCUUAAAUAAUUUAUUUUUAGUUGUACACAAUUUUGAAAGUAUGACUGAGCAUUUGAUAUUUAAUACAUUUUUAACCAUACCUUUCAUUCAACUUAAUUUUUAUUACAGAUGUCAUUAGCAUUCCUCAUUCUACUGAACUCCAAAUAAUCAAAGUUGAAAGUUUUGCAUGUGUCUGAUAUUACCAUGAAUAAGUGGCCAAAAUGACUAUUGUUUGGGUUCAAAAUUAUUAUUCAUAUGGAAUAUUAAUUUUUAUGUCAUCAUUAUCCUCAUCAGAAUCCCAUUCCUGGAUAAGUAGAUUUGAAAGAAUGAAGUAAGUCUAGAAAACAAGAGAAAAUUUAUAGUCAGAAGGGGAAACCAACCAAUAAAGUGGGUCAUACAGAGUACAAUAGAUGAGCUAAUUUAUUGAUUGUAUAUAGUGUAAUUGUUUGAGAGCAGUAUGGAUAGGCAUGGUGCAUCAACAUGGGGCAGAAUGGAUGGCUGGACUUAGCAGUGAGUUCCACCUACAUAUGUUUCUGUAGGAAUAUGACCUUUGAAUGCAAUUUUGGCAAUACAUGUUGGGUAUUUAUGUUGGCCAUGGGGGUUGAUAGUGAAGCAAGUUACAGCAAUGACUUCAUAGCUGUCUGCAAGGAGUUCAUGAAGGUCUUAGGAACAGGCAAAUGCCCCAUAAUCCCUAGUCUCAAAGCUCUGCCCCCCCAAAAAUAAAAUAGAUUUGGAAAUGUUAUAAAUUGGUGGGGAUGCAUCUCAAGUGUCUAUAACAGGUGUUUUUAAAGCAGUGACUCAAUAUACCCAAAGAGUAUCAAAUUAAGUUCAUGGGUCCAUGUAUGCUAAAACUGAAAAGGGGUUAUCAUGUCAACAUGGAAUGAGCUUAGGGUUAUCGGUGCCACAAAACAUGAAGAACCACUACUCUCUGUAAAACUACCUUGAAAUGUGUCUUUACAUGCUGAGUGCAAAUUAUAAAUAUAUAAGGAUAUCAUAAAUAUCAGUUAAAUUCCUCAAUAUAUUUUUAUUGUCUUUUGUAAAAUAUCCACAAAAUCAGAGCUGGUGUGUCAAGUCCAACCUUUUCUACAAAACAAUUCUGUGCAUAAAUAAGGCUUACCCAGGUUGGAAACAAACUCAUUGAAAAAAAUUACAGACAUCAUGAAAAGAGAUAAUAAAAAGCAGUUUAUUGCUAUCUGCAGCGAGGUUAUACACAAAAUACCAGAAUGCACAGUUUGUAAAAGUGACAAAGUACAAGAGGGGCACUGCCCAAAUGUCAUUAUUAAAUAACCAGUACUAUAUUAAAUAUUAACAAUCUCUGUUUAUAUACAGGUCAUGAUGUUUUUUUUAUUAAAUUGAUUUCUCAUGCAAUCAGGUCACACACACACACACACACACACACACACUUACUUCAUCAUUUUCAGUCCCAUAUCAUCAUGAUGUACUGUUGUUGCACCAGAGAAAUUUAAUUGUCAACAAAUCAAUAAAUCUUGAAUUAGA